AUGACACCUCCUAUGGUUGAGUAUCCUUUAGACAGCUUUUUCAGUACAAGUUAUAACUUAGAAUUGCUGGGUACUGGAGAUUUAUUGCCACAGGUUGAAUGGAACACUACCAAGAAUAGGAGUAAAAUCAAAGAGGUCUAUUUGCAGCUAUUGGACAGUUUACCUAAGGUGGAAUGGAGACAUAUCAUGUCUAGAAAUUCAGCAAGGCCUAAAGCAAUCUUUCACAUGUGGUUACAAAUACAUAAUAGACUAUUGACUGUAGAUAGACUCUUGAAAUGGGGUAUGCAAGUUGAGCCUAAAUGUGUGUUUUGUAAAGGGGUGGAUGAGACCAGAGACCAUAUAUUUUUCGAAUGUCACUAUGCACAACAGGUGUGGUACAAAUUGAUGAGAUGGCUCAAGAUACAGUGGCCUGCUCAUUGUUCAUGGGGGCUACAAUACUUGCUGAUCUUGGCAAGAACCAGAGGCAAAUCAUCCCAAGCUAAUGUUCUUAAGAUGGUAUAUUCAGAGUUUGGGUUUGCAAUAUGGAAUGAAAGAAACAAAAGAGUGUUUGAAGACAAGGAGCAGAAUGCUGAAUCUUUAGCAAGGGAAAUUGCUUGCAUAUGUAAUGUUAGAACAGUAGUUAGAAGUCGAGCUUAUUUACAAUCUUGUAUCUUCUAG